AUGUGUUAUACAUGUAUCAAUGCACGUUUAUUUGUUGUAUCAGCUUUGGGAUACUCCCCAUAUCCUUUCAAUUAUCCAACUCAUAUGCAUACUAUGACAAGAGAAUUAAGAGAAAGACUUUCUAAAAUGCAACUUGGAGGAGGAAGUGGUCUCAAGUCAGUUCCUAUACCGACAACUACACUUGAUAAACCAGAUCAAAGACUAUCUAAAUUUGCAUCACAAGAAGAAGUUGCUGAAUGGUUAGUGGCUCAUCAAUUCUCACCAAAAACUAUAUCUGCCUUGAAAGGAUUCAAUGGAAUGGAUCUUUAUACAAUGAAUCGAACUCAACUAGAACAGCAUGUUGGACCCGAACGAUGUGAUGAACUCUUUUAUGCAUUCCGUGGCACUUAA